AUGGGAUUUGGUUAUCGAAUAUUUAGUAGUAUGACACCAUAUACAACAGGAAAUCAAUCGCUGCCAAUCUAUGUCGUUCUUGCUAAUUUUAAUCACGACCCUUAUCUAGACGUUGUUGUUGCUAGCACAAGUUCUGACACUGUAGGUAUUUUUCUAGGAUACGGCGAUGGAACAUUUGCCAGCAUUACAACCGAUUCCACUGGAAUCAGCUCUCAAACACAAGUGAUUGCCAUUAGUGAUUUCAAUAAUGACAAUCGAUCAGAUAUUGUCGUUGCCAACUAUGGUUCGAAUGGAAUAAGAAUAUUUGUCGGCCAUGAAAAUAAAAUUUUCCUCAAAUAUCAAUCAUGCUCAACUGGUUAUGGCUCUCGCCCACGUUCAGCCGCAGUCAGAUAUUUCAAUCACAAUGAUUGGAUCGAUCUAGCAGCAGCUAACAGCGGCUAUGACAACGUCGACAUUAUUGUGCAAACUUGCUAG